AGCAUGGCAAAUUUUAGGACAUUAUCGUGAAUGUCUACUCAAAGUCCUGUAGUUGUAAUAAAUAAAUAGCUGUUUAAAAUUUUCCGAGAAAUAUUCAAGUCUGAAAUAUAUAACUAAAUUUGUUUAAAGCCAUAUCGCUGUGCAUAUCAGUAUUCUCAAUAUGAGAAAUUCGUGGCUGUUUUGUCAAUAUUCAAUAUGCGGAUUCCUAUUGUCGCUCACAAUGCUUAUAUAUUUACCGCGAACAGAUUCGCAUACCGAUGGAACAUAUAAGGGAGCGGAAAACGAAACACCGUCUGUUGCACCAAAAUUUUUAUCCCGAGGCCACCUGUACAAAGUAAUAGUAGGUGAAACAAUUGAGUUGCCAUGUAAGGUUCAAAAUCUUGGGUCAUUUGUUCUUUUGUGGCGGAAGGGUUCUUCGGUAUUGACAGCUGGACAUCUAAAGAUCAGCAGAGAUCCCAGAUUCAAAAUUGUUGGAGAUUAUAAUUUACAAAUAAAUGGUGUUAAAACGCAAGACGCUGGUGAUUAUAUCUGCCAACUAGGUGAUCAGGAGAAUAGAGAUCAAGUUCAUACGGUAGAAAUUUUGGUGCCACCUACCCUUCGAGCCCUUCCGCAUAAUGGCCAAGUAACGGCAAGGAAAGGAAGUACAGUCACAUUAGAAUGCAAGGCAUCCGGAAAUCCAGUGCCAACUAUUUAUUGGUUUAAGAAAGACAUGUUUUCUGGCCCAACGCAUUUAUCAGAUAGCUCAACAUUAAUUUUGGAAAAUGUUGAUAGGCAUCAUGCAGGAAUAUAUCAAUGUUCGGCGGAUAAUGGAGUAAAGGAAAGAGUGUCCAUGGAUAUUCAAUUAACCAUUUUGUCACCUCCAGAGAUAACUGUAGAGAAAUCUUGGGUUCAUGCAGCGGAAGGCUACGAUGUUGAACUAGUUUGUAUAGUUCAUGGGGAUGUUAAUUCAGAGAUGCUUUGGUAUCAAAACUCAUUCCUAUUGGACCCAACAGAUAGACGAUCUAUGUAUCCGAGGGAUGAUCGCUAUAGUUUGAUAAUAAGAAAUUUUCAACCUUCAGAUUUUGGGAAUUACAGUUGCGUGGCUGAUAACGCGCUGGGAAGAACUAAAAAGUAUAUUGAAGUUUCUGGCCGGCCAGGCCCAGCGGAUUUUAUAUCACCCGCCCUUAGUGGUUCGUUGGAUCACUACAAUCUUACAUGGACCAUUGAGUCUAUUCCAGUGCUUGAAGAGAUAAAGCUCUUAUAUCGACGACUCUUGAUGAAUGAAACUUACCAACACCCUGGGAAGUGGCAUGAAUUUCACAUUAAGCCAUCUGCCAUUAGAACUGACAGUACCCAUUAUUUGAUGUCAUACGUAAUAAAAAAUCUAGAACAUAAUGCUGUAUAUGAGGCUAUAGUGCAAGCCCGAAAUAAAUAUGGAUGGAAUGAGAUCAGCGACAUACAUCAAUUCUAUACUCGUAAUCAUGACUUACUCUUGGACUUGGAUAUGGAAUACAAGAUGGGGAUUGCAAGCAGUGGAUCCAAAAAUAGAAUAAUUGAGUUACUCUUCGCUUUAUCAAUAAUGGAAGUUAUGAUUGUUAUAUUUGUAGAAUUUUAAGGAUAUAUCUUUUUGAACACAAUGCUGUUUUUACUGUUGUUGCAAAUAUGUUUUAUUUAAUUUAUUUGUGAAAUGUGCCUUACAUUAAGCGUUUAUGUAUAGUAUCUCGUUAUAUUUAUUUAUAAUCUCUUUGUGUAUAUAUAAACUGACAAUUUUGUGUAUAUAUAUGCAGACAUCGGAGUGGCUCAAAACUGUAUGGACUCAUUUUCGAUAUUCGAAUGAAACAAUGGCAGUGCAUUGUUCGUUCAUGGCCAUAUACAAAUUCCGAAUUGUAUGCAAAAUUAUUGCCGACUUCUGAACAAAAACUAGAAUGUGCAAUUCGCAAUUUGCGUUUAUUGAUACAGUUUCACGAUGAACUGGAAACUUUAUUGCGAUGCCACUGGCAACCAACUAGAUCCCGUUAUUAUAUAAAGAUAUCUGCUUUGCAAUGGCCAUAUUUUGGACAACGUCAUAGUUUCAUUAGUCUCUCUAAAAUGAACAUGUGCACUCCAAUACUGUUUUGACUUACUCUGGAAAACAUAUAUACAGUAUUCGAACAUUUAUUUUGUACUUCCAUAAUUUUGCACUUGAUCCGUUUUGUCCCAUUAACACAUUUUAAUUGGUAUGAAGAUACAACAUUUCUAUUUAGUGAUUACGUAAUUAGUAAAAUAACACUUCGUAUGUAAUUUUCAUAACUUAAGCAGAGUUUGCCAGCUCCUUGGGUGGGAGAAUGUCAGACUAUAGGAAGUAGAAUUCACUUAUACAUAUAUAGAGUUGUGAGUACUCCUCUGUCGUACGGUUUUACGUAGGUACUGCUGCAUGUACAAAAUUAUGAACAUUUUCGUACAUUAAGAGUGCACACCUGUAUAGCAAUAUUUAAGGCAAAGAUAGUAAUGUAUAAAUAUAAAAUGUAUAUAAUUUACCGAAUAGAUUAUCAAGUAUCUAUAAGUUUUAACUAUGUAUAAUUACACUAUAUGUAUUCGAUAUAACCGAAACUUGUAUACCCACCAUAAAUAGUUGAUGCAAAGCCAUGUAUUCAUAGAGUAUUUCACUAAGCAAAAUGACCUUAGAAUGCUUUGUAUACUGCAGAUUUGUUUGAUGCAAAUUCGUAUAGAGUUAGUAGUCAAACAUGUCUGUUUAGCAAAUCUUUUAUAAGGGAAAAUCUAUACUAGUAACAGAUGUAUGUAUGUAUGCCAAGGUAAAACUUUAUAUUACAUUUAGAUAUUGAUUUUCAAGCUGUAAGUAGUAAUUUUUUAUUUAAAUAGUUAAAAACAGAUUAAGGGCUUAAAAUAAAAAAAGGAGAACUAACUGUUUAAGGAUUCACAAUAAAUGUAAAUACAUAUUUUAAAA